UUUAAAAGGAGUCCAAUUUUGUUUUAGAAAGAUGGUGACUGGAUAAUAGGCAUGUAAAGUGGAGAGGAACUAAGGAAUCACAAAGCUCCAAAAGGAAAGUGGUAGAUUCCUGAUGGGGAUCAGGAGUUAAAACAACCAGCGUCCUUUCUUCACUGAUAGAAUUAACUGGGGAAAUGGAAUAGAAUAAUGCUGCCAUUUCUAGUGAUGUGCAGCAACAGAAAUAACUGGUGAAUCGUUGUUGUCUUUAUAUAUUAUAUUAAAGUGGUUAUUUUACAGGGAAGUGCUUUAACAAAGAUCACUGAAGAAAUACAGGGGAUCACUUAUGCACUGACACUUUUUUUAUUAUUGCGACAAGGCCAUUCAUUGCCGGAAUGUAACCACUGUCAUCGCAAAUUCAUGGAUGCAGCUCAGUUAAAGAAACAUCUAAGAACACAUACAGGUGAGAAGCCAUUUACUUGUGAAAUCUGUGGCAAGUCAUUCACAGCAAAAAGUUCUCUUCAGACUCACAUCAGAAUCCACAGAGGAGAAAAGCCAUAUUCUUGUGGUAUAUGUGGAAAAUGUUUCUCGGAUUCCAGUGCAAAGAGGAGACACUGUAUCUUACACACAGGCAAAAAGCCUUUCUCCUGCCCCGAGUGUAAUUUGCAGUUUGCACGCUUGGACAAUUUGAAGUCUCAUUUGAAAAUUCACAGCAAAGAAAAACAAUUGCAAGAAUCAAGCAGUGCUCCUAGCAGCAGCAAUAGCUCAGAGGAGGUCAGAAACAUUCUUCAGCUGCAGCAAUAUCAACUGUCCACAUCUGGAGGACAAGAGAUUCAGUUGCUUGUCACAGAUUCAGUACAUAACAUAAAUUUUAUACCUGGUCAUAAUCAAGGUAUUAGUAUUGUUACUGCUGAGAACUCCCAAAAUAUGACAACAGGCCAGGCUGCUAAUCUUACGCUACUCACUCAACCACCACAACAGCUGCAGAACUUGCUUCUUGCAGCCCAGCAGGAACAAGUAGAACAAAUCCAAAGUAUCAAUAUGAUGGAGAACCAAAUAGAGACUACACAAUCUGAACAAAUGCAUGUCAUCACUCUUUCAAAGGAAGCACUAGCACAUCUUCAUGCCCAUCAGGGGCAAACUGAAGAACUUCAUCUAGCAGCAGGAGCUCAGCACAUGCAGCUGACCCAGGAACCUAGUCGUCAGUCUCAUACUAACCAAGAUGCAGUCCAGUCCCAUCAAAUUAGUGAAGAACAGAACCAAAAUGUACACAUUUCUGAAUCGCAUCCGCAAUCUUUGUCCAUAAACCACCCAUCUCAUGAGCAUCAGAUUCAAGGUCAGGCUUUUUGAAAUACAAGUUAGCAUUGCUUCCUUUUAAAUACUUGUUUGCCUUCAGGGAACUGGGCUGAAGUGUGCUGUUCAUUUAGGCAAUGACCUAUGCAUAUCACAUUUCAUUUGCUGCAGCAGAUUAUCUAUUUGAAGUUGUAUUUCUUGGUGAUCUUGAUGGAUGGCUUUGUUUCCUUUAUUUUAAUCCAUUUAUUUUUAGGGUUUUAUUACUCUAGAUGUCUGUUGAUCAACAAGCAUGGCUUCUCUGCAGGGGUCAAAAUGACUAUUAUCUGAACUAUAAAUGUCAAGGUAACCAAUAUUUUUUUCACAACAUUGACACCACAUGUCUUAUACUUAAUGAGCUUUGUCUCUCUAUGUAAAUAUAUAAUUUUCAGUGUGACCAUUCCCUUAAGUGCAUUUUAAUUCAUUGAAUACCAAAUUUGCUCAUGCUUUUGAUUGAAAUUGAUGCACUCAUAGACUGGCUCUGGUUCACUGUUUCUGUUUACUGUGUUGUACAAUUCCUGCUCCCCAAACAAAUGUUUAAAUCAGUGCACUUAAUAUAGAGGCAAUGAGAUGCAGUGGCUAGAUGGACUACUGGAAAGCUUGAGUGCUAUUCUUGGUGCUGCUACUGACUUGUGUGACCUUGGGCAAGACACUUAACCUCUCAGUGCCUUAGUUUCCUCAUCUAAAAAUGGGGAUAAUGCUUAACCACCUUUGCAAAGCACUUUGAAGAUCUUCUAAUGUAAGGCGCUAUAGAUGUGCAAAGUGUGUGGUUGGGUUUUUUUUCCUGACAAGACAGUCUUAGUUUAGGAGCCAGUUUAUAUUUUAAAAUCAUUAUUUUUAUAUUUUGAAAGCAGAAUGUCACAUUACUUUUAACAAGGUAAUAUUUGUUCUUUGUUGUGACUGAAACAAUGAAUAAAAUCACUCCAGAACAUGAGCUACAAAAUGGCGCAUCUCUUAACAGAUUUUUAAAAUAGUGCAACUUUUUGUUGACUAGAUUAGAUGUGUGCAGUUUACAUUACUAAUGCCUGACUUCUAGUGGAGAAGUGCUGAAAUGGUAUUGAAAAAACAUCCCAGAAAGAAAAGCUGGGGAAGAGCAUGGCUCUACAGCUUGGGGUUCAGUUACUAAUGAUCUGUUACUUAAUGCACUGGUAUGUAAAAAUCCUGAUUAAAAUAUCAUAUGGCCAGCUACAGCAGUUUGAAGGUUGAGGCUGAGGUUAAAAAUGCCAUGUGAUUUAAAUAGGUAUCUCGUAUUUCUAGUUUUAAACAUAACAAAAACCAACUUCUGUCCUUAAUAUUUAUAUUGGAUUUUUUUCAAAGGAAGUUUCCUAUGUAAUUGGCUGUAUGCACCAUUGGCUAGACAGAAAGCCAUUGGUAUGAAUUUUCAUUUCUUGGCGUUUGCUUUGUAUCUGCAAGAUAGUUUUCAGCUAGCUACUGAGAAUGUGUUACUGUAAUUUGGGUAAAAAGUAUAUCAGUUUCUCCACGGAGCUGUACCAGCUUUUAAGUAAGUUGAUGUGAGGAGGGGAGAA